GCGUUUAACGAUCAUUUUCGCUUCUCUCGUCCCCCCGAUUAUUCGUAAUGCGCUCUGAAACAUUCACGAAUCUCGCACAGAGAAGAUUCGAGUGUCCUCGCACUCAUCCUUCCACCUUCCUCAACAACUUUAUGACUAUCGAUCUCGCGAACUGGUUGUCUACGUAUUUGACGAGAUCAUAUUUCUAGACCGACUUCCAGACAGUUAGAAACGCUCGGCUCACGACCAGGAGGAUCUUUAUCGACGGAUUAUGCACUUUGUGUAUUCAUAUGUACAUGGACGAUGUACAUACGAACACAUGCGGAAGUAAUCGUCGAAACUCUCGUUACUGAAUGUCUAAGGGAAGCCUCCAACCAUACUGUCGCGAAGCUUCGACUAGCCCGAUUUUAAUAUCGAUUCUAAUAGCUUCGCCUUGAUCAAUCCGAAGUGUCAAGGAAUACGAAAUUUUUCAAGGGGAUUAUUUAAAAGUGAUUUUUUUCACGCGUAGACCGGUGCCUGACUCGUCAUCAUAAGCGAAUCUCACGUGGACCAUGCUGGUUUUCAUCAUUCCGCACGCAGUUAUGGUGGUUGAGUAACGAUGCUAUUCUCGAGUUCGUUGAUCAGCGGGAUCCGUGGGAGGGAGAUUGGACGGCGUGUCGUCUGGUGAAUCCUGAAUACCCGGAAAUUGAAUAUCCAUCGGGAAUAUCAGUAAAAAUCGACUGAAGGAGAAUAAUUUUUGAAUUUGGGGUGCGACAAGUAAAUGGUAUCGUCUCGGAGAUUGCGUCGAGUAUCGAUCCGGUGGGAUCAUCUGAGAAUGCCAACAAGAGAGUCGAGACUCGAUCGGAUAAUCGUGGGGUGCGAUUUGUUUAAGAAAGUGUUGAGGUGAGACUCGAUUAAGCAUCGAUAUCUGGUGAACGUAAUCGAAUUCACAGCAACGGUUCGGCAUCGAAGUAGAGAAAAAAGGAGAAGAAUCGAAGUGUGUUGGUGUGAAGUUAUGAAUUCAGCGGGCAAUCGUGGCAGCGUACGUUUCUUCGUUACUCCAUCGAUUGGGGAAGAUCGAGGAAAGAAGAGCAUCGAAGAAUCGUCCCGAAUGAGUAAUUGAGAAAUAAUUGGCCGAGUGAAAUCUUAAAACAGGAUACCUCGAGUGAUAGAUACACAGAGAAGGGAACGGUGCAAAAGUGAAUUAGAAAAGUCUGUCGAGUAUGAGAGGCAUCCACGAGGCUGCAAUGGGGAAUCUCCGGAUCGAGCUGUUCCGGGGAACAGAAGCAAACAGGCGCAACCAAACGUUAUACACAUGCAUGUAUGCAAAGGCCAAUUGCUCAAAGUCCUUGAAACUGCCGUUGAAACGUGAAGGACGUCGUUCUCUGGAUCCGUCUCUCCUUCAGGAGAGCCACAUCCGCUGAAAGACGUUAAUCGCUGAAAGUUCUGCGAACGACGCUUCCCAGUUCGAGAGAUUCCCUCACUUUGUUGAUGGUUGAAAGAGAAAUUCGAUAUUGCAACGCUGCAUUAGCGGUGGCAGAUACGAGCCUUGUCGGAGGAAUCUUCAUCUCGAGAAGCCGCCGUGGCUGCGGUAACUUCUGCUCUCUAAUUCGGAUGAUCCGAACAAAGAUAUCGAAAAUCAAGUGAGAUUGAACCUGCGAUUAGAUCUUCUUGGAUUUAUACAUGUUCGAUGACCAAGAGGCUGGAAAGUCCUUCUUAGUGGCGCGAAAACUCCACGUUCCCUCUCGUUUUAUAAAACCAGCCUCCCUGUGAUAACUACGCGUCGUGUGUAAGAAAUAAGUUUGAAAAAUCGCGAAACAAUGAUGAUAUUAUCGAGAUUAAAUCGGCUCGGGAUCACGGGAAUUGCACUGGCUCAGAGCAACUACCGUGAUAACCGUGAAUCAACGGCAACUCUUGCGAUCGAAGGCGAUUCGGGAUGCUGCAAGCUGUUAUGCUAGGUAGUGCACCGGGACGUGGGAGACGAGAGCGUUAUCCCGGUUUUUAUAAACUGCGACGUCCACCGCGAUACAGAAUGAAUCGGGGCGAGCAGGAAACCCUCUUUCGACAGAGUCGUCAGAUGACGCGGAUCGUAUCGUCGCGCGACGAUUUAGUUCUGAGUGUUCUCAAAGCCCCUAUCGGACAACAGCAGCAACAACAACAGCAACAAGCAUCCCAGUAUCGUCACCCGCAUUAUCUGCACACCCAGGAACAUCAUGUCAACUGCCAGGAUCAUCCGAAUCAUAAACGAUGCAGUCAUCCAGGUCAUGCGUACAACAACGAAAGUCUUCCGCGUUCGAGUAGCGGCAAGGAGCCAUGUUCGAGAUUGACGGAGAAGCGGUACAGCGCCGCAGCCGCCUACGCUGCCCUCCAGGGCAGCGAAGACGAGCUCGUCGCUGGGGAAUCCGAGGAUUUUGCACUGAAGACACCGGGCAGCGAAACCGAGGACACGGACACCGGUGUGCCGCUGGAAGAGACGUCCACGAGAUUCACGUUUCUCCGUCGGUUUCGCUCGCCGAGAUUCGGCGAGGCUCAUCACAAGAGGGUACCGACACCGAUGAAGAGAAAGCACCGAAGAAAGAAGAACCAGAGCGACAUAAACAACGACGUUAACGACGAAGAGGAGGAGGACGAGGAAGAACCGCCGAGUCCCAAUCCAACCGGUGUACCGGAUCCCUAUUAUCCGAUUUACCUCCCGAUCGAUCAGGCUUUCAAGGCCAAAUACGUCUUUCACCACAAAAAGGGAAAGACUUUCCAGGAGCGGCUGUACGUCUUCCUCGAACAUCCUGGCGGCUGGCUCUGCUUCGUCUAUCAUUGCACUGUGUUCAUGGUGGUAUUGGUGUGCCUCAUAUUUAGCGUACUGUCCACAAUAGACCAAUACAGUAAUUUCGCAAAUGAAACCUUGUUUUGGAUGGAAAUAUGUCUGGUAGUAUUCUUCGGUGUCGAAUACCUCGUGAGAUUAUGGAGCGCAGGAUGCAGGUCGAAAUACAUGGGAUGCUGCGGACGUUUCCGGUUCAUAAGGAAGCCCAUCUGUAUCAUAGACUUAAUCGUGGUUGUCGCAUCCAUGGUGGUUUUGUCCGUUGGAAGCAACGGCCAGGUCUUCGCUACCUCGGCUAUAAGGGGUAUCCGGUUCCUACAGAUACUCCGGAUGCUCCACGUCGAUCGGCAGGGAGGAACUUGGCGGCUCCUCGGAUCGGUGGUCUUUAUUCAUCGCCAGGAACUCAUAACCACGCUGUACAUCGGGUUCUUAGGUCUUAUUUUCAGCAGUUAUUUCGUGUAUCUUGCCGAAAAAGACGCUGUCGGACCCGAUGGAAAAACAGACUUUUCCAGCUACGCCGACGCGCUGUGGUGGGGCGUGAUAACCGUUACAACGAUAGGAUAUGGUGAUACAGUGCCACAAACGUGGAUGGGCAAAAUAGUUGCCUCGUGUUUCAGUGUUUUCGCCAUCUCCUUCUUCGCACUUCCAGCUGGAAUCCUCGGUUCCGGUUUCGCGUUGAAAGUGCAACAGAAACAGAGACAAAAGCAUUUCAAUCGUCAGAUACCGGCGGCAGCGAUGCUGAUACAGUGCCUGUGGCGAUGUUACGCAGCUGACAAAGCGAUCAAUAGUGUGGCCACGUGGAACAUUUACAUAAAAGAUCCAGCUCCGGCCGGGCAGCCGUCAACGCCACUCGGAAAGUUGAUUUGUGUAAAGAAGAUGUCUCUGAUGAUCCAGGUGGCAAAGAAGGCGAACGUGCUGAAGAGACGGAAAUCGAGGAACCGGAUGGAGAUGCAGCAAUCUCAGCAACCGGCACUGCCACCGGUCACGGUUUCCGGUGGUACGAAUGCCGCUGGACCUACCACCGACACCAGCCGAAUUGAGAACGAUGGCGAUGUCGUCUUCUACAUGGAGGAGCCUAAAGCCGGCACUCCCAAUCGGGCGAGACGAGACAAUCGGGGCAGCCUAUUUACGUCGCAAACAAGCUCGGUUACGGAAGCGGCAAGCGAUGAGAUCGACAUCGACAUCGAAGAGCCCCAAAGAGUCACCACACUAACCGAGGCGCACCGUAACGCCAUAAGAGCCAUACGAAAGAUCAAGUACUUCGUGGCGCGUAGAAAGUUCCAACAGGCCAGAAAGCCGUACGACGUGAGAGACGUUAUCGAGCAGUACAGCCAAGGGCACUUGAAUAUGAUGGUGCGAAUUAAGGAGCUCCAGAGGAGGCUGGACCAGACCCUGGGUAAACCGGGCAGCUACCUGGCGGGAAUCGACCGCUCGGGCAACGUUAAGCCCAUGACGAUCGGCGCACGCCUGUACCGGGUCGAGCAGCAGCUGUGCGUAAUGGACAAGAAGCUCGACCAGCUGGUCUACGUACUAAACGCGCUUGCCAAGAAACAGCAAAUUCCUCUGAGAAGCAUCGAGGACGACGUUUAACCGAAAGCACCGAAUCCUCGAACGUUUGCUCCGAGCCUGGCAAGCGUUGUUCUGCCACGACUCGCUGUGACCAUUGUCGUGCUAGAAAUGCUCAACGGUAGCUCCAUUAAAGCCUCCCACGACUAGAGUCUCGAACGCGGAACUUCACAUCAUCGCGCAAAGUGUGGGCAUCAUCAUUUUAACGUUACACAUUGAAAUACUCCGGAUGCCGAAACGUCCGUUUGGGUUUUCUUUGAGAUAUUACCGCGGUGACUCGUCCCCGAUGAGAGAAUAUUUUGUUGGAACAGCCCCGUGAAAAAUUACUUUGGCGAGAGUUUCGCCAAGCGAAUUUCAUACGCACACGAAGAGAUUGUUAUUCGAGUACGAGGAGAACAGAGUUGGCUACUGGUGACUCUGCGUCGAAUGGGAUAUUGAUCGAGGACUCGAAAAACUACAAGUAGCAGGAACAACGAGAAUUUUUUGUUCAUUGAAAAGAGGCUCUAUAAUUGCGAGACAAAUAAUUAACUCGAGUUGGCUGGCUCAUCGAAAAUUUUUCCAAUUUUUCUCCACUUAAAAAUUCAUGCAUACAUAAAACAUUGCGCGAAUGCUCGAGUCAUCGUUUCAUUCAAUGAGAAAAUACGUCGGAAGCGCAAAAUUCGUAAUGAAAAAAGGUGAAAAAAUCAGGGGUCAUUGAAUAAUUUCUCAUCGACUCUGCGAGGGAGUGCAUCGUUGAAAUUCUCACGAUGAACAGAACGAAAAAUCGGAAAUCAAUUGAGCCUGCUGAAAUUGUUUUUUUAUUUUCUUUUGUUUUUACCCAACGAUACACCCUGAAAAAUGGAAUGUUAUUAUUUCAAUCGAUAACCGCACUAUUGCGAACGCGAUAUACGAAGCAACCUGGAGCUUUACAAAGUAUAUUAUAGAUUAAAAUAAAACUUCACGUGGAGGAUUAUGAGCCUUUGCCCCGAGGAACAAAGAAAAAGGUCGUUACCUACUCGACCUCGUCGAGUCAACGACCAUUCGGUCGUCCUUAAAUCAGAGUGGUUUUCACGAUAUACAGAAACGCAGAUGUAAAUAUAUACACGUGGAUAUCACACACGCAGACACAAUAAUAUUUAACGGUUAUAAAUUAUCUGAUAAUAAUAAUAAUAACAUGAAUAAUCAUAAUACCAGUCGAGGGAGCGCACUCGCCUAAAAGACGAGGCCCUGCUAAUGAUAUUUUUAAUAAUUCUUAUUCUUCAAUUAAUCGCUAUGAUAUAGGUGUAGGGUCCAAUAUACAAAAACUUACCUAAUCGCGAUUCGAGCUCGGGGUCGAGAUAACACAAUUUUGUAAAACAUUCUCACGGUAUUAAGGAAACUUGGUUGGUUCAUUGAGGGCGGUGUGAACGUUUUUUUUCGUGAAAAAACGACCCUCGAUUCUUCGGUAUUAUUUUUUUUUUUU